AAUUUAAUUCCUUACCAGAAAUUACCCCACAUGACAUCCUUCAAAUUGGUUAUAUCAAUCUAACCUAAAAUAACUGAAAAUGAACACAAAUAUUAUUACUACUGUAACUACAGGUAUAUUGAAAUGCCAAAGUCGUUACCUCAGUAUCUCUGCAGUGAGACCACUGAUUCAGAAAUGGAGACAAGAUCGAGGCUUACCAUUGAAUCCUAAUGCUUAUGGUGUCUUAACUGAUAAAGCAGACUACACAUACUUGGAUGGAAGACCAACUCCAUAUGGUUCCCAUCAGAAGAAACGUAUUCUGAAACAGAGAGAAUUAGCUGAAAAGAUUAUUACUCUGUCAAAGGAAAUUGAUUUUGCAAAAGAGAACCAUCAGCAGAGAUUGAAGGCUGAGCAGGCAGCUAGACAGGCAAUUCUUGAUAGUAAAUUGAAACCAAAAAGUGGUAUUAAAGUGAGAUGAUUUGUGUAAUUAUGAAGUUUCUAGUUUAAUAAAUUUAGUUAUAUAAAUGUU